AUGAAGUCACUGACUUUAUUCGAGAGGCUGAGACGCAAGGGGAGAGUGAAGAAUGACGCUGUAGUGGCGAACCCUGGAUUGUCCUCAAUCGCAUCCUCGAAUGCUUCUCUGAUCAAUCCAAGUCAGGCCUCUGUCCAUUCGCGUCUGCUUGAGAAACCUACAAUACCAGCCGGUGUGGAAACCCAAGUUGACAGCACCAGAGACACCACUCCAACAAAGUUAUCUUCGACACAACCUGAACACACCAGCUCGGCCUUGACAAAUCUUUGGAAGAAGGCAACUGAAGCUCUACAGAAUGAUCCUGAUCCAGUCAAGAGGGAUCUCGUCAAGCAUUAUGCUGAGAUACUAGCUUCAGAGCUCUGCGAGCCUAGAGAUAGUCCCGAAGCUCAAGAUCCGGGUCAUCUUAAACACGAAGAAGUCGCCGAGAGCUUGAAUGUGAAGGUGGAGGAGCUGAGCCAAGAGCGGUUGACCAUUUCCAUUGGAAGUCGUGAGCUUGCCAUUGAGCCCAUGUUUAAAAAUGUGUCGAAACACAUCGUCGCCGCAAGGGAUCUCAUCAGCAGUGCUGCUGGUGCUGAGCCUCACGCCGCUCUUGCAUGCGCUGGUGGACUGGUUAUCCUUACAUUCCUAGUCCGUCCCAUAGAGCAGAGAGAACAUAUCCUCCGAGGUCUCGAACUGACCUCUUCUCUUAUCUGCCGAUACUUUGCCAUGGAGCAGGUCUACCGCUCGAGGGCACGCCUCGAGAGUCUAUCAGCGGAGUCGGCCAGAAAGCUUGAACUGGACUUGGAAAAGAAUUUAAUCAAUCUUUACACGAAUACCAUAGAGUUCCAGGCCAGAGCAUUAUGUUACCUUCACCGAAGCCGAUCAACUCGGUUUAUCAGAGACAUGUUCAGAGGCAAUACGUGGAAGGACCUCGUUGAAGAGAUCGAAAGGCUCGAUGCCAACUGCCGAGCUGUCGCAAACCUCAUUACCGAUGAAAAGAUUCUCACAUUUCUAGAAUCUCAUUCUCGGAAAGUUGAACAAGCAAUAAUCAAUGUCAAUACGCCACAAACCGUCUCAUUCGAUCUUAUGCGAAGAAGGACAGAGCUUCUGCGAAAUCUGUACGCCUGCCCUUACCGCGAUCGAAAAGAUAUCAAUCCAGAAAGAGCACCAGGGACUUGCGAGUGGUUCACUGAGCAUGAAUACUUUCGCGAUUGGAUGUCUGCAGCGGACUCGAGGAUCUUGCGAGUUUCGGCAGAUCCUGGCUGCGGCAAGUCAGUGCUCUCGAAAUACUUGGUAGAUGAUGUUCUUCCAAGUACCUCGGUCCGAACGACUUGCUACUUCUUUUUCAAAGACGACUUUGAGGAUCAGAAACGUGCUUCCAUUGCUAUGCGUUGCAUUCUGCGACAGAUCUUCGAGCAAACCCCCGACUUGAUGGACGAGGAGACUGUGACAAAGUUCGAGGCGGCCGGCAACAACUUAUCUGACUCGUUUCCAAGUCUCUUCGAGAUACUACUUGAGAUCUCCAUAAGAGUCGAGACUGAGUUAAUUUGCCUUUUCGAUGCUCUUGAUGAAUGCAACGCCCAGGAUUGUCGACAGAUCACGUCUGCACUGACAAAAUUCUACAUGAAGCCCAAUGAGGGAAGCCGCCUUAAGUUCAUCAUCACGUCUAGGCCAUAUAUCCAGAUUCAGCGAAGCCUACAAAAGCUUGAGACAUCAACACCGACUAUUCAUUUAAGGGGCGACGAUGAGUCGCAACUGAAAAGGAUCUCCGGCGAGAUUGGCGUCGUCAUUCGUCACAGAGUAAAAAGUAUUGCCGAAGUUCAACUACUGGAACCUCAUGAAGUUGAGUUACUGGAGCAAAGCUUGUCGAACUCAGACCACCGAACAUAUCUAUGGGUCAAGCUCGCACUGGAUUUCGUUGAAAACCGCCUCGAGUCUCCAACGAAAGAAUCUAUUCAAAGUGUCUUGAGUAGCGUGCCCGAAAAACUAGAUGGAUUAUACGAAAAGAUUCUCGAUCGAAGUCCAAACAAGGAACAAGCCCGAAAGGUUCUACAAAUCAUCAUUGGGGCGUUUAAGCCAUUGACCCUAGAAGAAAUGUCGACAGCAUUGUGCAUCAAAAAGGAGCACAAGAGCCUUUCGGAGAUUCGCGGAGAACCAGCCACUCGAAAUCGGUCGUAUUUGAGACAAGUUUGCGGCCUAUUCGUGACUAUUGUUGGUGGCAGGGUUUACCUCCUCCACGAAACUGCAAGAACGUUCCUUACUAAGGGUUCUGAGCAGGUGGGAUUUGAUAGGAAUGCCGAAUGGCCUAAGAUGACUUGGCUACACUCCAUUACACUACGAGAGUCAUCUAUCGUCAUGGCGAAGGCAUGCGUUUGGCUCCUUUGUAUCAGAAACGCUGCAAUAUCCAGAGGGGAACACACAGUGGCUUUGAGCUGGGACAGGACUGACGAGAGUUGGGUCCACUUUGAGAGGUACGCUGUGUGGUACGGGCUUGAUCACUUCAAGGCGCUUGAGGGUGAGGAUUUCGAUUCAUUUGCAGACGAAGUAGUAUAUCUCUGUAAAUCAGACGUCCCUGGGGUCAAAUCCUCUUUUCUAGAUCGGCACGUAGUCCGCGCAUACCACCACCCAAAAGGUCGUUUCGACACAGGAUUCGACAGCCUAGCAUCAGAUUGCGUGUACAUUGGCAACGCGAGAGAAUGUCCCUUGUUCAACAUAAUCAUCAAUAAGUUCGACUGGGCGGCCUCCAAACUGUUAACUGAGGACCCUAAGGCUGGACGACGGGUUGACUGGAAAGGAACGACCGCAUUAUGGUGGGCAGCUUGGGCUGGGCAGGCACAUACUGUGCGUCUUCUCCUUGCAUAUUACGAGGACGUUGAAUAUGGAGAUAUCGCACUCAACGGUGGUCACAGUACGCCUCUGUCAGUAGCGAUAGCCCAUAAGCACAACGAUGCGGCGCAUGCUUUGCUGCAGGACCCGAGAACAAGCCUCACCACUCGUUGUUAUAUACGCCGGAAUUGGACACCGAUACAUUACGCCAUCGCAGCACAUAACCUGGAAUUCGUCGAAAUUCUCCUUGCCGACAAACGACCUUUUAUCGGCUGGACCUCAGCUGACUUUGCCGACUUGGUGACACAUUCCAUCAAGUGGGGUAAUUUGGAGACUAUUGACUUCCUCUUGAGCGACAAACGGUUUGACUUCGGUUCUUCAGAUUCAAAGACUUGGCGAACUCAGUUUUGUCACCUUGCAAAUCCAAUGGACAAUAAUGAACUCCGUCCGAGCUUUCCGGAGAAUGAUCGCCUUGACCUGAUGGAAUAUCUUGUGGAAACUCUUCAAGUUGACUUCGCCAAGAGCGAUCGUGGUGGUAGGUCUCCCGUCAGUUGGGCGGCGAGCAGACCCGAGAAUGUCGAAACUCUGUCCUAUCUACUGUACGAUCUCGAGCUUGAAGCGGAUGGACUUGAUAAGCAGAAUCGGAGUCCGUUGUCUUACAGCGCAGAAAUCUACUGCUGCGAAAAUAUCAAUAGCCUGCUGGAGACCGAAGCAGUCAACAUCAACUCGAUUGAUAAUCGAGGCCGGACUCCACUUAUGAUGGCAACACAAGUUCAGUUUCGUGCAAAAGUCACAAGGCGUCCUCUGUCUGAGAAAAAAGUCAAAAUGACAAAGAAGAAGGCAAGCAAGGCCACAUUGCUUUUACUGGAUUACGGCGCGGACUUUACUCUCCGAGACAUGUAUGGGAGAACAGCCUUGAUAUACGCGGCCAUGUAUGGCCUAGCGGAGGCCGUUAAAGCUCUGAUUGAGUUUGGAGCAGAAGUCAACGCCCAAGACAUCCUUGGUCGCACAGCGUUGAGUUAUGCGGCCGAGGAAUGGCAUGAUGACGUUAUAGGGUACUUACUCAAUGCGCGCGCGGACGCAAACCUGUGCGAUAACCAAAACAGACCACCUUGCUGGUGGGCGAAACGGCCUGAUCGAUAUGCCCGAGCCAAUUCCAAGAAGUACGUUUUCCCAUGGAGGCUGGAGGAUGUGGCUCGUAUUGUCAAGCUUCUGGAAGGUAGCUGUGACGGAAACACGGAUGAUAGGUCCCAUUCAAAUCAGGACUCGUACACGGGCAUCCAAAAUGGUUGA